AUGCAGGCAGUUAGCUGUUUGGACCCCCAAGAUCAAGCAGAGUUUGAACCAUUGGUGAAAAGUUGCAUUGACGAGUUGGAGGAGGAACACAAAUCUGAAAUGUCAAAGCGGAAACCGGCAGAGAAAGAAAAAGAGAAAGAAAAAAACCUGGAAGUUGACAAUGACAAGCCUGAAAAAGGAGCUGAUGAUGAGGUUCCAAAAGACAAAGCGGAAGAUUCAAAAAAACGAAAAACAAUGGAACCAGACAAGUUGAAACCUUCCUUAGAGAAGGCAAUGGAGACACCCUUGCCAGCACACCUCAGGAAAGCACCAGAGAACAAGCAACCUAGAGCCCAGCAAAAAGGCAGGAAACCUACACCGGAUGCCUUGAAAAGGUUGCUUCCAGACAUCGAACAGAUGUAUCUGUCAUGGACUCCGGAGAACAGGAUGGUGAGCGUUGACUUUCAAGGUUUGGCUGGGCAAGGAAUUCAACGCACUAAGCAAAAGUCGUGGCCCCUUUUCCGCGGCAUUGAGCCGAAGGUGGAUGCUCUUGAGGUGAUUUUCGAAUUCAUCAAUCUAAUCAGGAAUACUAAAUACAAAGAAGUGGUUUGGCAAAAGCCGAACCGUGCAACGCUUAAGGCGGCAGUGGAAGCUUUGCUCGCUCCAGAACCCUGA